GCUCUGGGCUGGGGAUCCCACCGCUAGGGCCACUUCGCCCCUGGGGGGACGGAGCAGCUUUGUUCUUGGGCAGCAGCUGGACUGGCUGCCGCUGCUGCAUUUCUCCCCAGGGCAGUAUCUCCCUUUGCCCUAUUUUUCUGUUUCUCACACACUUUCUGUUUUAUUCUCUAAGUUCCAAGCCUUACCUAUUUACUGCAUUUAUUUAGUUCUUGGUUUGAAAACUAGCUCUCUCUCUCCGGACCCCUGGCCUGUGGGAGGCCCCCUAGACCCAUUACAAGUCUUUUCUAGAGAGUCAGCUGGUUAGAUUUGGGGGAGGGUGGGUAGGGUCGCUGGCAGGUGACCCCCAGGAGGGGGCUGCCUGGGGCUGGCCUCUUCUCCAGCCACCGCUUCCUGUGGACCCGCCCUGGACUGGAACCCCAGCUGACAUCCCUUUGAGCUUCUCCCCUUCGAGGACACGAUCCACUGGGCCCCAGCGGCGUCUCUUCCUGGCCGGGAAGCACCAGAGAGCCAUGGGCCGCCGGCGAGGGGACGUCGUGACCUGUCUGCUCUGGAUGCUGCUGCUGCUGUGGAGGGGGGACCGCGGCUGUCAGGCCCAGAGGGCAGGCUGCAAAAGUGUGCACUACGACCUGGUCUUCCUCCUGGACGCCUCCUCCAGCGUGGGCAAGGAGGGCUUCGAGAAGGUCCGCCAGUGGGUGGCCAACCUGGUGGACACGUUCGAGGUGGGCCCCGACCGCACCCGCGUGGGCGUCGUGCGCUACAGCGACCAGCCGGCCACGGCCUUCGAGCUGGGCCGCUUCGGCUCGCGGGCAGAGGUCAAGGCGGCGGCGCGGCAGCUGGCCUACCAGGGCGGCCACACCCACACGGGCGACGCGCUGCGCUACAUCACCCGCCACAGCUUCACGCCACGGGCCGGCGGCCGCCCCGGGGACCGCGCCUUCAAGCAGGUGGCCAUCCUGCUGACCGACGGCCGCAGCCAGGACCUGGUGCUGCCCGCCGCCCUCGCCGCGCACCGCGCGGGCAUCCGCAUCUUCGCCGUGGGCGUGGGCGAGGCGCUGCGGGAGGAGCUGGAGGAGAUCGCCUCGGAGCCGAAGGCCGCCCACGUCUUCCACGUGUCGGAUUUCGACGCCAUCGACAAGAUCCGGGGCAAGCUGCGGCGCCGCCUGUGCGAGAACGUGCUCUGCCCCAGCGUUCGUGUGGAAGGACACGGCUUUAAGUACACCAGUGGCGGAACCAAGGAGAUCACAGGCUUUGACCUGAUGGAUUCGUUCAGUGUGAAGACCAUCCUGGGCAAGAGAGAGAACGGCGCGCACAGCUCCUACGUGCGGAUGGGAUCCUUCCCCGUGGUGCAGAGGACGGAGGACGUGUUCCCGCAAGGCUUGCCCGACGAGUACGCCUUUGUCACCACCUUCCGGCUCAGGAAGAUGUCCCGGAAGGAAGACUGGUACAUCUGGCAGGUCAUCGACCAGUACGGCAUCCCGCAGGUGUCCAUCCGGCUGGACGGCGAGAGCAAGGCCCUCGAGUACAACGCGGUGGGCGCCGUGAAGGAUGCGGUCAGGGUGGUCUUCCGGGGGCCCCGGGUCAGUGACCUCUUCGACCGCGACUGGCACAAGGUGGCCCUGAGUGUCCAGGCCCAGAACGUCACCCUGCACGUGGACUGUGCGCUGGUGCAGACGCUGCCCAUCGAGGAGCGGGAGAACAUCGACAUCCAGGGCAAGACCGUGAUUGGCAAGCGCCUCUACGACAGCGUGCCCGUCGACUUUGACCUGCAGCGGAUUGUGAUUUAUUGUGACUCCCGACAUGCAGAGCUGGAGACGUGCUGUGACAUCCCUUCGGGUCCGUGCCAGGUGACCGUGCUGACCGAGCCCUCGCCCCCUCCCCAGCCGCCCCCCACCUCUGGCAGUGAACAGAUUGGGUUUUUGAAGACCAUCAACUGCUCCUGCCCACCUGGAGAAAAGGGUGAACAGGGCUCCGAUGGCGCCGUGGGACUCCCCGGGGCAAAGGGAGACAUGGGCGCCACCGGGCCGGUUGGAGCUCCUGGGCCCAAGGGCGAGAAAGGAGAUUCGGGCGCAGGACCUGCUUUCCAAGGAGAAAAGGGAGAAAAGGGCUCCCUGGGCCCGCCGGGUCCCCCGGGGAGAGACGGCAGCAAAGGCAUGCGGGGGGAGCCGGGAGAGCCGGGGCUGCCUGGUGAGGUGGGCAUGCGGGGAUCCCAAGGCCCACCCGGACCCCCAGGACUUCCUGGACCCCUUGGCGCUCCGGGUCUCCAGGGAGAGCGAGGAGAAAAGGGAGCCCGAGGAGAAAAGGGGGAUCGAGGCCUGGAUGGAUUCCCCGGAAAGCGUGGGGACACCGGAGAGCAGGGACGACCCGGCGCUCCCGGCGUGCCAGGGCCCCAGGGAGAGAAGGGCGCCGUGGGGCCUGCAGGACCUCCCGGGGUACCGGGCUCUGUGGUGCAGAGAGAGGGCCUGAAGGGCGAGCAGGGAGCCCCAGGACCACGAGGUCACCAGGGCCCACCUGGGCCACCAGGCGCUCAGGGUCUGAGGGGUCCAGAAGGCAAGGACGGACCUCCUGGCCUGCAAGGCCUCCGAGGAAAGAAGGGUGAGGCGGGCCCUCCUGGAACCCCUGGAUUGCCGGGGCAUCAGGGCCCCCCAGGAUCACCUGGCGUUCCAGGCCCCCCUGGACCCGGAGGCCCCCCGGGUUUACCUGGAGAGAUCGGCUUCCCGGGAAAACCCGGGCACCCCGGGCCGGCGGGACCACCUGGAAAGGACGGGCUGAAUGGACCCCCAGGCCUGCCGGGCCCCAAGGGAGACCCCGGAGAGAGAGGGGAGGACGGUCUGCCUGGACAGCCUGGCCCGCGGGGUGACGGUGGCGAGCAGGGCCUGGCGGGCCGGCCUGGAGAGAAGGGGGAGGCAGGGCUCCCCGGCGCUCUGGGAUCCCCAGGUGUGAGGGGAGAGAAGGGAGCACGGGGAGAGCGAGGGGAGCUGGGGCUCCCGGGACUGAAAGGGGACCGAGGAGAAAAGGGUGAAGCUGGUCCAGCAGGCCCCCCUGGAUUACCAGGAACUAUGUCCCUGGCCACUCCGCACCCAAGGAUACCUGGGGAGCGCGGGCCCAAAGGAGAGAAGGGCGAUCCGGGCGCGCCUGGGGACCCGGGAUCACAGGGUCAUCCUGGAGCGGUGGGGCCUCAGGGACCCACUGGACCACCGGGUGCCAAGGGACAGGAAGGCGCACAGGGGACGCCCGGAGCAGCUGGGACUCCCGGUGCUCCUGGCCCCGUCGGCUCCCCCGGCCCCAGUGGCCCCCCAGGCAGUGCGGGCCCCCCAGGCACCAGAGGCCCCCCUGGGAAAGACGGGGAACGUGGGGAGAAGGGAGCAGUGGGAGAAGAUGGGAUUCCAGGGCCGGCUGGCCCCAGGGGUGAUCCUGGUGCUCCUGGGCUCCCGGGCCCCCCCGGAAAAGGGAAGGACGGAGAGCCGGGACUUCGGGGACCACCAGGACCACCUGGACCUCUGGGAACCAAGGGGGACCGCGGCGCACCUGGGACCCCUGGAGCUCCUGGCAACCGCGGAGACCCGGGCAUUGGGGUCGCCGGCCCUGCUGGCCCCUCCGGACCCCCAGGAGAAAAAGGGCCCCCGGGAUCUCGAGGCCCACCUGGAAUGCCCGGCCCCCAGGGACCAGCUGGCCAGGAUGGUGUACCAGGACACCCCGGCGAGAGAGGGCCUCCCGGAAAGCCAGGCCCCUCUCCACUGCUGUCUCCCGGGGACAUAAAUCUCUUGGUUAAGGACGUGUGUAACGACUGCCCUGCAGGCCCCCCAGGCCUCCCUGGUCUGCCAGGUUUUAAAGGGGACAAGGGUGUCCCAGGCAAGCCGGGGACAGAAGGCACAGAAGGCCGGAAGGGAGAUGCUGGGCCCAGAGGCCCCCCAGGACCCCCUGGAAUAGCUGGACCGCAGGGAAGUAAAGGAGAACAUGGUGCCGAUGGCGAGAUUGGACAGAAAGGAGAUCAGGGCCAUCCUGGAGUUCCAGGUUUCAUGGGGCCCCCAGGGAACCCUGGGCCACCGGGAGCAGAUGGAAGUGCGGGAGCUGCUGGACCACCAGGAAUCCAAGGACCCCCAGGCAAAGAAGGUCCUCCUGGCCCCCCAGGCCCCUCUGGAUUACCUGGAAUCCCGGGAGAAGAAGGCAAAGAAGGCAGAGAUGGAAAACCAGGAGCCCCCGGAGAGCCGGGCAAAACAGGAGAGCCGGGUCUGCCAGGACCGGAGGGCGCCCAAGGUCCCCCAGGCUUCAAGGGACACACCGGCGACUCUGGCCCCCCUGGCCCCCGGGGAGAGCCUGGUGCCAUGGGGCCCCCUGGCCGGGAAGGGUCCCCAGGAAAAGACGGAGACACAGGAGCCACAGGGCCGCAGGGCCCCCAGGGACCCAGGGGCCUACCGGGCAAGAACGGAUCGCCUGGAUCUCCGGGAGACCCCGGCCCUCCAGGAAGCCCCGGUCAGAAGGGAACCAGAGGAGAAAACGGCAGCCCAGGACUCCCUGGCUUCCUGGGUCCCCGUGGGCCUCAGGGAGAGCCAGGCGAGAAGGGAGGCGCCGGCAAGGAGGGAGCCCCUGGGAAGCCUGGAGAGCCGGGACCCAGAGGAGAAAGGGGAGAUCCGGGCAUCAAAGGUGACAAGGGACCUCCUGGAGGGAAGGGCCAGCCUGGGGACCCUGGCAUCCCAGGCCACAAAGGUCACACAGGCCUGAUGGGCCCCCAAGGACCACCUGGGGAGAAUGGGCCGGCCGGGCCCCCGGGGCCUCCGGGCCAGCCAGGGUUUCCCGGACUGAGGGGGGAGUCUCCAUCCCUGGACGUCCUGCGGCGGCUCAUCCAAGAAGAACUGGAGAAACAGCUGGAAACCAAACUUGCCUACCUCAUGGCCCAGAUGCCCUCAGCGCACACCAAGGCCUCUCAGGGCAGACCCGGACCCCCCGGGCCCCCUGGAAAAGAUGGGCUCCCGGGUCGGGCUGGCCCCAUGGGGGAGCCAGGGCGGCCCGGGCAGGGGGGUCUGGAAGGACCCUCUGGACCCGUAGGUCCCAAAGGAGAGCGAGGAGCCAAAGGUGACCCAGGUGCCCCUGGAGUUGGCCUGCGAGGCGAGAUGGGGCCCCCCGGAAUCCCAGGUCAGCCCGGGCAACCUGGCUAUGCGAAAGAUGGACUCCCCGGGGGUCCCGGCCCUCAGGGGGAGACAGGACCAGCUGGACACCCUGGUCCCCCAGGCCCCCCCGGCCCCCCUGGCCAGUGUGACCCCUCCCAGUGUGCCUACUUCGCCAGCCUCGCCGCUCGACCCGGUAACGUGAAGGGCCCCUAGAAGAUUCCGGAAUGCCAGGAGACAGCAGUGGACUUCCGAAACUUGAACUCAGAGCCCGAUGGGAAGCCAGAGGUCUUGAAACAUUUCAGCCACGUGGUCUUUCUUUCUUUCAUCAUUUGUUUUUGUUUUAUUUUCCUGAGAGACCUCAACAUUAUUAAAACCAACAGAUGCUGCCGGUCGGUCAGAUUAUUAUUAAUAUUAUUAUUAUUGCUAAUUGUUAUUAUUAUUUCACAUGGUGAUGCUUUUCGAGUUUUUUCCCCUCUUCUCGAAAGUUGGGGCAAACUUGAUGUGGGGGGGUUGCUUCUCGUUCUUCUGACAGCCCCCCCUUUGAAGUGUGGCUGCCAACGUGAAGGAGACUCUCGGUGCUAUGAACCCCUGACCAGACACUUGUCAGAUUUACCUCUUUCCUCAAAAGGAAACUUUAAGCAGAGGAGGCAGUGGGCUUCUAGGCUUGGCGGUGCCCAGAGGUCGCCCAGGGAGAAAGUGUCACCGCUUCCCGGGAGACACAGGCGCGGCAGGAAGAGAAGACGUCUGCCAACCGUGAGAACUGUCUCUCCGGAUGCAAAGCACGUGGGGAAGGAGACACCCCACCUGUUUCAGACUCUCACGCCCGAGAAACAGUGUCACGUGCUCGGCCACAGCUUCGUGCAGUCCUGUGUCGGUGUCAGAGUCGGGGAGCUGCUCAGAGCAGCCCCUGCGGGCUUCGGUGGCUUCCGCGCCGUGGAUGGGACGCCUCCCAGCUCCUCUGCGUUGGUUUCACUCACUUUGAUUUUGAGAAGAGAGGGGCGGAGACCACUCCGUGUGUUUUCCUGACCGUGGGCCGCUGGCUGACAGAGCUGGGAAAUCCGUGCCUCCAGCCUCGAGUUCCGAAAUCCGUUGUGUUGAAUGCAUGUGUGUAAGUGACACGCCUGGCGUGACAGGUGCUCAAUAAAUCUGAGUUUCCUUCUC